UUGACAUACCGCUACAGGGGAAAGUUAACAUAUUUGAUUUUUCCACCCCCUUUUGCGUUUCCUGUAGGGUUGCCAUCAAAUGCGUCUCUAGGAUUAAGUAGGGCGCUUGACUCCAAAAUGUUUCUUUAUGGGUAAACAUAUCUUGAGCACUAAAGCCCAUAAGUCGUCGAAAAUUACACUUCCACAUCUCAAUUACGGAAAACCCAAUCCUCUCAGACCAUUUCACUUUGAAUUAAAAAAAUUAAGUUCAUGUAUUGCCGUUUUCACGACGAAAUUGUAAAUAAUUGAAGAGAGCAAACCAAGAACAGCGUAAAAUUUAUAGCAGAUGGCCAUUUUUAUGUACCACCAGCGCAAUUAGUGAAUACAUUUUUGUUUUUGUUUUUUCUGCAAGUAAAUGCACAGAUUAAUUGUCUUUAAAAUCUUUUACCAUAUGCCGUUGAAUCCAAACCUUUAUUUAUAGUUUCUGGCGUAUAUAAAUGUCACUUCCAAAGUAGGCUAGGAAUGCCGGCUUUCCCACUUCGUCAGCCAUUUGUGUAUUUCGCCCGCUAGAAAAACCGAUUCGGCACCGAUUUUCUGAACGCAACAACCUCAAUAUUAGCGUGCUCUACUAACCAAUAGAAAACUCACAUUUUGACUUUUUCAACCGGUUUCAAAUGGAACCGACGCGGUUUUGAGGACCAAAGACAUCGCGAUAAAAACGCACACUUUCCCCUAAUACAUCCGCCGCUUAAUUGCAAAAGAUAAACCCCGGACACUUUUCUGAACUACAUGCGUUUUAUCGCUAUACCUACUUAGAUUCAUUUUUCGCAUGAAGCGGUGUAUAUUUCCCUACGUUGAACAAUAAAUAAAACUGUUGAAAUUGCUGUCACCCGUUAUAAGGGUAUAAGGGAUAGUUCAAGUUCAGUUCACUAACAUAAUUAAAAACAACGUUUGGCUCAUUUGCCACAUUAAUGUUUUUAUCUUUUAAUAAUGCAACAAAUACCUUUACUUUUUUUGCGGUCAGAACUGCACGGUCACGAUUAACUUUAUUAAAACUUUUCUAACUACAGCGAGGAUUUCACUAACUUUACAUGGUUUAGAGAAAGUGUCUGCUUAGAUUCUUCCGUUUCGUCGAAAUCUUCGUAUCCUAUGCAAGUAAUACUCGACACAUUUACAAAUAUUUUUACACUAACCGCGCGAUCUAAUUUUAUUAAUCGUAACCCGAGCAGAUCAGCAGGCUAUUGCGAUUGAUGCCUGCAUCUAUCUAUCCCCUUUCUAUGGUAUUUAUAACUGCCGAGUAGAAAACCCAAACCGGGCCCAACGCAAAAUCUCGGGACUGCGUCUCUUCUCAGCUAAUCAUAUAUACGUUGUGUUUUCGUUUUGGCACAAGGAAACCACAGAACCAAAAAAGUUUCGCGGCUAUAUUGUUAACAACCCACGCGUUCUAAAUACGCUCGCUUAUCGCCUUUAAACCGACUCACGCCUACUAUCAGUAUGAAACGGUACAUAUACAGUAUUGUCCAUAUAUGAAAUUCUAACAACUUAAACUUCAAAGCGCGCUUCCGUUAUUUAUUGUUAGUGUUACUAUACAUCGAUCAUCCAUACACAAGUAGGUAUAUCUGGCUCAGGCAAUAUCGGCCACAUUUAGACGGUAGACCUAUUAAAUACGCUUCUGCAUUUCCCCUUUUCCAUGGAAUAUAUUUUUUCUAUUUCGGUGUUUACAAUGGCUUUUUUGUACAACUGUUUUCGGCAAAAACAGUAUCACAAAGAGGUCCAUUAUAAUACUGUUUUUGGCAUGUUUUUGGUAACUUUUCAUCUAUAGGUUGGCAGUCAACGUCAACGUAAAAGGUGUUGCCAACUUAAGACAUAUUAAUUCUAAAGUUUCCUGUAGUUUUUCAUAAUUACUUUUUAAUUAAAUUAAAGCCCCGAAAUAGAAAAAAUAGUAUGAAAAACACGUGUUACAAUGCUUUAUUGUAAUACUUGUCCUUCAAUAUACUUUUGCUUUAUCUUCAGCUUGUGCAUCUUCCCGGGAUAAAUUUUCUAUUCACUCAUUUUGUUUAUGACCGCAGACUACUAUUUUGCUCUCCAGAUGAUUCGAAACUUGGUGAAAAAAGCGUCUCCAAAUAAAAUGUGCAUGUGCCGGCGUAGUUAUAGCAUAUCUGGACCUAUAACUUGAUGACUUGAUGAAUAACGCUGAAUUAUAUCUAGGUAUCUCUUUUACUAAAGCACAAUUCUAUGGUAAUAAUUUUGUUUUAGAGUGGAAAUUACAUGACAUAUAUACAGAACGGUAUUUGUCAGUGGGCACUAAGUACCUUAAAUAUCUGCACAUAUAUUUAACAAUUUUAAAUUCAAUACUUCUCAUUUUCGCACAUGAGAAAGCGACACCUUCACGUUUGAUGUAGUAAAUAGAUACGAUUUAUUAUACUAACGAUAGCGUCUGCAAAAUGUAUUUUUGAGCUAAAAAUGUGUCCUGUUCCCACAGGACCUUUAUAAUAAUCCGAUACGCAGUCGUAACGUAGAAAAAAUAGUUGCUGUAUCUCUAAUAAGCCAAAAACACGUCAAUAAUGCCAUUAUUAGAAAUCUAACGAACUCAAUUUACCGACGGAUAAGAAAACGUUGCAUCGAUUUUGUAAUUAUGAAUCAACGAACUAUUCCACUUACUUUGUUUUGAUCAAAUUGUCUCAUAUUUAUUUUCCACAAAUCGAUAGUGGGCCUGAUGCGUGCCUCUAAAUAUGCAGAUUGAGCCUAAUAACGUACCUUUGUUACAGAAAGGUGGGUGCCGCUGCAGAGAAGAAGUCAUAUGUGUCCCCAGAAACAUCCAGACGCCAAGAAAAGCGGCGCCAAGGAGUUGAAGCUGUGGCGCCUGGACUUUCCCUGACCUCGCGCGUGCCGGUUUCCUUGUCAACGUUCUUAUUUCAUUUAACCCUUUACUCGUUCCACUAACCUUAAUGGAUAGAUUGUAGAUAAAAGAAUCGCCUUCCGAAAUUAAUUAAAUUAUCAUUUACGUGAACCUUUCCGCGUAAAACUGAUAAUCGAUCUGCGAAAUGUUUCCAGACGCUUACGCUAUUUUGGUAGCGUCAGAGCAACAUCCGUGCUUAUGAUGGCGUCUGUAACACAGGUGCCAUUGAGGAAUUGUGAUGGGGGUCAUUAUUGUUCCCCACCUAAAGAAUGUUGCAAGCAGGGCUGUUGUUAUUUACUUGCACCGUCCGUAUCCUACCGACCACCAACUUUGCCUACCACAAGCAUGCUUAACCCCCUUUUUCUUGGUCAUUGGUAUUUUUGGGCCGCAGUAACAGCAACGGUUGCCGGAAUUUUAUGCGCGUGCUCGUUAUGGAGAAGGCACAGUCAAAGAGGCUUAUGCUGCGGUAACUCUGGACGAGACGAUAGAGCUUCCGAACCUGAUUCCAAUGGAUCGUGUUAUGCACCGCCGCACUACAGCAGAUGCAAUAGCUUCCAUCAAGCCCCUCCGCCGUAUUCUGAGGUAACAUCAAAACCAGAUCUAUAUCCGUUAGUACUCAGUUAUAACGGUUACAAUAUGGAGUCCAAUCAAAAACUGGGAAGAGGCUCAACGGGUUACCUAAUGGUUCAGUAUUUUAGAAAUUACAUAGUCAGACCCGUAGGAACUUUAUCCGCUACGAGCACAAUGGAUUCAUUGGGAUCUAUCUUUAUUUGCAACGCCACAAAUGAAGCGAACACGAUCAUUCCGCCACCAUACUCUUCGGCUGCGAGUUUAGAGGAAGUGAACAACAGUAUACCAACAAGGCCCAGUUCAGAGUUUCCUCGUUCGAUAUCGUCAGCGACGUGUAACGACUUUCACUUAGCUCAACAUAGUCCUAGCGGAUGCUCGCAGCCCGGAAACGUAUCCGCGCCUCAGCCUUCGGCUAAUAUGAACAAUAAAUAUACCAACACAUCAAAUCUAAAUUUGCAUAAUUGUAGUAGAGAAGUGUCGAUUACGAGUAAUCCUUGUUAUAUGCACGACGCGAAGACCACACAGCAAACUUUACUAACGAAACCUCCCGAAGAGUUUGCAAGAAAAACAAAUCAAACUAACUGUGAUUAUUCUCCUCCUUUAAAUGUAGCACAUAAAAGCGCAAAGAAAACGAACCGCAUAGUCUCCUCACACGAAUACGCAAGUAUAGAUUGCGAAAGUCAAGAAGAAGAUCAUAAUUUUUCCGAUUUACUAAACUUAUCUGUGUGCAUUCCUAGUACAAUAACUCAUUUACCCUUAGGUACGGUAACGACCAGUAGCUCACAUUCUCACGAUAUACAACAGUAUAGCGUCGUAAACAGCAUUACUAGUUCGGAUAUCAGCAGUCUUGCAAAUCUGGGUACGCCGGACUCGCCUCCGAGAGCAACCAGUCCAACGGGCGAGCUGCGCGAGUUGUUAGACAAAAUUCAGCAGUUGCCUCAGAAUAAGAGCCCCACACCUAACUCCGAUACAUCGAACGAUGGCCACGAAGUGAAAACGAAAAGUUGUUUUAGCCGCAAUAAGUCUAAAACGCUCUACAUGCCUUUAAGUGAAGGGCCCAGUUACAAUUACCUAAGUAAAGUUUCACCGAGCAGUAAGACAGUGGGCGUGUUCGGUAAAGCUAGUAAGGGUUGGUUGUCACGUUCCGCUCCGAACACGCCGUGCGGGAGUUUUGUGCCCAGUUUUCCGAUAGCCAAAAAACAUUCAAAGAGUCAAAGGGGUAGCAAAACUAAAAUACACGACGCGAGUCCCCUACUAAACGAAAAUGAAGAGUCGGACGACGAGUCCCAAAGAAACCAAUGCUCAUGAUUUAGGAACUUUAGUUGCUACGAAAUUUUUAUGCAUUUUCUGUCUAAGUAUACAAGGUAUUAAUUAUAUGAUUAAUUAAGCUAAAUAUUAAUAGAAUUUUAUAUUCGUAUAUAAUAAUUAUAUGGUUGUCAAUUUAAAAACGAUUUUAACGGUGAAUGUGUGGGUAAUUGUGUUAGGAUUGUUAUUGUUCAUUGAUUAAUAAGAAAUGAAAUCAAUAUUUUUCGAAAUAUAAUAGUAGAAGCGCCUCAAAAAUAGAUAAAUCAGCUGAAGUGUACUUAAAUUUUACUUUCAUUAUUGAGACAUUAGCGAUUUUGAAGUUUGUUAUUGUUAACCAGUAUUAUUAUACCCUGUUGCUUCCAUUAUAGAUGAUAAUAAACUUCAUUUUCCUAAUGAAUUUGCCAAAAUGUAAAAAUGCAAGCGCAAUGGCGGCAAAGGCAUUUGAAAACUAUAGGUUUUGUAAGAGUAGUAAUUUGAACAACAAAAUAACAGGUGAAAUUAAGCAGAAAUUGUUGGUUUAAUCUCACCUAACUUAUUUUAUAAUUUCAUCGUUGCAGAUAAUAAGCGCGAUGUAUUUUUGACAUAAAUUUCUACAAAAACUCUGCAACUUUGAGACUAAUCCAGAAAAUCAGCGACAGGUUUCAAAAGUGAACAGAUUGCUCGUUAUUCUUUGGAUAAAACGAAAUGGUCAUUUAUACCUACAACCGGAAGUUCCUUUUGUGCUAUUACAGUUUAUAAAACGAUAAUGACAAAUCAUUUACAGUUUGCUCAAGACAUUCCUUAAAUUCGCUGACUCCUCCCACUUAUGAAAUCUGAUAUGCUGUAAAUAGUUUUUGUGCACUGAUUUGUUAACGAUUAUCUAAAUACUUAAUUGCUUAGACAAUACUUUUUAUUAGCAAAUUACUCUUAUGAAGAAAACAUUUUUUUAAUUCGCAUUUUAUGCCUAGAGAGA